CUCUCUCUCUCUCUCUCUCUCCCUCCAGUCGUGUUUUUUGGAGCUCUCUGUUGGAGGUGUAGAGGAGAGGUUUUUCCGUCUCUCUCCUCCAGCAGCCUCCUUCAUCUCUUCUCCAUCAUGGAUGUUGGGAGUAAAAGAGUCGCUGGGAUUAUCGCUCAGGUCGUCCUGCUUCUCUCCAGCUCGUACGGGACAACCGGACAAGGAGAAGAAGUGUGUGACAGCGCGCUGGUGUCCAAUUUGUCGCCAUCGUCCUUCAGAAGCUCGUCCCAGCUGUCCAGCAGUCAUGCGCCGGGCUUUGCCAAACUCAACAGGAGAGACGGAGCUGGAGGUUGGUCUCCUCUCACCUCAGACAGGUAUCAGUGGUUGGAGGUCAGCCUGGGCGAGCGGACCAAGAUCACCGCCGUCGCUACUCAGGGUCGCUACGGCAGCUCUGAUUGGCUGACGUCGUACCUGCUGAUGUUCAGCGACACAGGACACAACUGGAAACAGUACAGACAGGAGGAUAGUAUAGAGUCUUUUCCAGGUAACAGUAAUGCAGACAGCGUGGUUCAGUACAAACUGCAGCAGCCGGCGAUCGCUCGCUUCCUCCGCCUCAUUCCUCUGGACUGGAACCCCAGCGGGAGGAUCGGACUCCGGCUGGAGACAUACGGAUGUCCUUACAUCUCUGAUGUUGUGAGCUUGGACGGCGGCAGCAGUCUGGUGUACAGGUUGAGUCCUGGGCUGGGCCGGGCGUCUAGAGAUGUCGUCUCUCUGAAGUUUAAAACCCUGAGGAAUUCUGGGACACUGCUGCACGCAGAGGGAGAGGGAGGACUCGGCCUCAGUCUGGAGUUAGAGAGAGGAAAGCUACUGCUGCUGCUCAGACAAGGUACUUCUUCCUCUGAACCCCGGCGUCUCGCUUCCCUCGGCAGCCUGUUAGAUGAUCAGCAUUGGCACCGUUUAGCAGUGGAGCGGCGCGGCUCUCACCUCAACCUCACUGUGGACAAACACACAGAGAGGCUUCAGAUCCCUGCAGAGUUCAGCCACUGGGACAUCGAGCAGCUGAGUGUGGGGGCGGUCCAGGGCCUCGUCUCCAAGAGGAACUUUCAUGGCUGCCUUGAAAACCUGCUGUACAACGGCCUCAACCUGAUAGAAUUAGCAAAACACAACGACCGCCAAGUCACUGUAACGGGCAAUGUGACCUUUUCUUGUGCUGAGUCAGUUUCCGUCGCUGUGACGUUCCCGGGCCCCCAGAGCUUCCUCCAGUUGCCGGGGGCGACGGCGUCCUCGUCGGGGGGCGCGUCCGUCGGGUUCCAGUUCAGGACGUGGAACAAGGCGGGGCUUCUGCUCACUUUUGACCUGCCUCAGGGAGGGGGCGUGGUCUGGCUGUACCUGAGUGAGGCCAGACUCCGGCUACAGAUCCAUAAAGCUGGCAGGGCGCUGCUGGAGCUCAGUGCAGGUUCAGCUCUGAAUGACGGUCAGUGGCAUUCAGUGGAGCUGGAAUCCAGACGAGGUCGUCUGAGCAUCGCUGUAGAUGAAGAAGAAGGAGGCAGCGCUCACGCCAGCCACUCCGUCACCGCAGGAAGUCAACUCUUCUUUGGUGGUUGUCCUGCUGAAGAGGACGAUCAGGAAUGUCAAAAUCCCUUCAGCAUCUUUCAGGGCUGCAUGCGUCUCCUCAGUGUGGACAACCAGCCAGUGGACCUGAUUAUGGUGCAGCAAAGACUGCUGGGAAACUACAGCCACCUGCUGAUCGACAUGUGUGGCAUCAUUGACAGGUGUUCCCCCAGUCGUUGUGAACACGGCAGCCGCUGCAGUCAGUCCUGGACCGUCUUCCACUGUAACUGCUCUGAGAGCGGCUACAGCGGAGCGACCUGCCACAGCUCUGUGUACGAACAGUCCUGCGAGGCGUACAAACACAACGGCAACACGUCGGGACAUUUUUAUAUCGACGUGGACGGCAGCGGACCAAUCAAACCGCAGCUGGUCUACUGCAACAUGACAGAGGAGAACACAUGGAUUGUGAUCCAUCACAACAACACAGAGCUGACCAGAGUCCGACCGUCUCCAGGUGUUAACCAGCAUUCGGUUCACUUUGACUACUCGACGGAAGAGGAGCAGCUAUUGGCCGUCAUCAGCCAAUCAGAGCACUGCGAACAGGAACUGUCCUACCACUGCAGGAAGUCCCGCCUCCUCAACACUCCAGAGGGCUCUCCAUUCAGCUGGUGGCUCGGUGGUCCCGGUCCCGGUCGUGUCCAGACUUAUUGGGGCGGAGCUCAGCCAGGCAGCCAGCAGUGUGUCUGCGGCCUGCAGGGCGACUGUGUGGACCCACAACACUACUGCAACUGUGACGCAGACCGCAUGGAGUGGGCUGAGGACUCGGGCCUGCUCACCCAUGAGGAGAGCCUCCCUGUCAGGUCUCUGUUGCUGGGUGACAUCCAGAGGCCGGGGUCAGAGGCCGCCUACAGGGUGGGACCGCUCCGUUGUCAUGGAGACAAGAACUUCUGGAACGCUGCGUUUUUCGACAAGGAGACGUCGUACCUCCACUUCCCCACCUUCCACGGAGAGCUGAGCGCAGACAUCUCCUUCCUGUUUAAAACCACGGCCUCGUCUGGUGUGUUCCUGGAAAACCUGGGCAUCAAAGACUUCAUCCGGAUCGAACUGAGCUCCUCCACUCAGGUGGUUUUCUCCUUCGAUGUCGGUAACGGGCCGCUGGAGGUUCACGUGGAGUCGAGCGUCCCGCUGAAUGACAACCGGUGGCAUCGAGUUCGGGCUGAACGAAACGUCAAGGAGGCGUCGCUUCGAUUGGAUGAACUUCCCGUCGCCACGCAGGAGGCUCCUGCUGACGGACACUUUCACCUGCAGCUCAACAGCCAGUUGUUCAUCGGAGGCACGGCGUCCAGGCAGAAGGGCUUCCGGGGCUGUAUUCGCUCCCUGCAGCUGAACGGCGUCACCCUGGACCUGGAGGAGAGGGCGAAGAUCACACCCGGGGUUCGACCCGGUUGCCCGGGUCACUGCAGCAGCUACGGCUCGCUCUGCCAGAACCAGGGCCGCUGUGUGGAGAGAGCCAACGGCUUCCACUGCGACUGCAGCCUGUCAGCAUACACUGGAGUCUUCUGCCAUACAGAGGUGUCAGCCAGCUUCACGUCGGGGACGUCCGUCAGCUACACCUUCAAGGAGCCGUACGAGUUGAGCAGGAACGCCAGCGCCCUGCCGUCCUCCAUCUACUCGGACAUGACGCUGAGAGGAGAGAACGUCUCCCUGAGCUUCAGGACCAGCCAGAGUCCGGCUCUGCUGCUCUACGUCAGCUCCUACUACAGAGAGUACCUGGCCCUGCUCAUCAACAAGCAUGAUAUGCUGGAGGUGAGAUACAAGCUGGACAGCAGCAGAGAUGAUGACGUGUUGAGGAGCGGAGUGAAGAGCCUGGCCGACGGACAACUCCAUGCUGUUACCAUCAGGAGACUGGCAGACUCCGUGUCUGUGCAGAUCGACCAAAAUGCCAGAGAAGACUUCAACCUGACAUCUGACGGAGAAUUCAACGCCAUCAAGUCGCUGGUGUUGGGCAGAGUGCACAAGUCCGAUGAUUUGGAUCCAGACCUGUCCAGGUUGGCGUCUCUUGGUUUUACCGGUUGUCUCUCGGUGGUCCACUUUAACUCCAUCAGCCCUCUGAAAGCUGCCCUGCUCCACCCGAACACCAGCCCCGUCAUCAUCACCGGACCUUUAGUCCAGUCCAACUGCGGCUCCUCGGCUUCAGCCGAUCCCUACGCAGCAGAGAACACACACCACCUGUCAGACCAGCCUGGUUCAGUGGGUUCAGGUCAACCUUUAGUCAAUGCCAUUAGGACUGACUCGGCUCUGAUUGGAGGUGUCAUAGCGGUGGUGAUCUUUGUGAUAGUGAGCGGCCUAGCGAUAACUGCCAGAUUCCUCUACCGGAGGAAAGAGACGUAUCGAAACCAGGAAGUGAAGGGAGUCAAACAGGAGGACAGCCAAGAUUUCCCUUUCAACAACCAGACUGACUCCCAGAACGUCUCCACUGAAAACCCUAAGGAGUAUUUCAUUUAACUGGAGGUCUGAUGAACAGACAGGGGAGUCUUGCCACGCCUCAGGACUUUACGCUGCACUCAGAGCCAGUCGGAGACUUUGCUGGAGGCUCCGCAGAAUAUGGAAAGUAAAGAAAGGAACGAUGCACACAGUUUUGUCUUUUACUGUAUAUAAUGUAUACUGAUACAAACAGGCAACAGUGCUGGACUUCUAAUGUGUUGAUAACCUUGUAUAUAUUCAAAAAUGUAAAUGUGGAAGUGAUGUCUCCAGCUAACUAAUGCCACUCUGUCAUAUUGAAAGGUUGCAAAUACUCUUUUGUGAAACUGAUUUAUGAUUUAGUGUAUACAAACACAACUUCAUUUCAGUGAAUCAGGGUGACUGGAGUGGUUUGGCUGAUGAUUGAGGAUAAUGAAUGAUGUUUAAUCGGAAGUGGAAACGUUUGAUCCGUAGUUUGGCCCUCCCGGUAGAGCACUUCUGUGAGAGCUGGUGUUUGGUGGUUUAUUUCCUUGUAAGUUCUUUUUGUUGUGUGCAGUGCUUCGGGGGGGGUGGGGACGGUAUGCGGUCUUUAGAGGCUGUAGAGCCUCAAAGUCCUGUUUAAAAGAAACCUAUGUGAAAAUGUGUAAGCAUUGUCAGAGUCCUUGCAGCUUGCAAACAUCCACCAAAUACCAGGACAUUGUUUGAUGAUUUUCUAACUCCAGUCAGCACAUGAAUUAUUGAACAUUUAUUAUGAACAUUUUUGAGUGAUUUUCUUCCAGUAACAUCAUGCUAUCACAGCAUUUUGGUGAUAACAA